UUUUCCAGAUUCUUUUGUUUCCACAACGUUUUCAGAGCUGUACAAAUAUGUUCCUCACUCACAAGCUAACGUACAUAGGAGAACAACAGACAUGGUCACACCAUCUGAGAAGAAAUCAAAUGCACCAGUCUGCAGAUUAAGACCAUGUGCAUUACUACAGGCUUGUUUACUUUGGACAUUGUUCUGUUUGGCUAUAUGGGCAUUGAAUGGUGGGAUCCACAUCAAACAAUUUCAACCCCCCAGACCUAAACCAGUUCCUCGCAAUAACAGUUCAUCAAUAAUAUCCGCGUUUGACAUGGGAAUCAGUGAUGAGGAGUGGCAAAGGCUACAGAAGGCUAUUGACUGGCCUAUCCCAGAUCAAGAAAUCACUCAUCUGAGUCAGAGCACAAGUCCAGUCCACUCAACUUUCUCUAUUGUGGGACUCAAAGAGAGUUACAAAGUGGGAGAAAAGAUCUCUGUUAUUAUCACAGCCAGAGACCACAAUAAGAACCUGAAAAGAUAUGGAGGAGAUUAUUUCAAAGCAAAACUUUUCAAUGCUAAGCUAAAGGCGAGUGUGUACGGGGAAGUUGUGGAUCAUCGUAAUGGAACUUACUCUGUUGCUCUUCUUCUGCCGUGGGAAGGUCAGGCACAAGUUUUUGUACGUCUAGAGCACUCCAGCGAGGUUGUGCAGAUUCUUAAAAAAUACAGGGAGUCUUCAUUCCCACGCACCCACUUCAGUGGCUACUUUGAAGGCCCAGGACCCAAUAAAACCAGGAUCCUUGAAGUAGUAGAAUGUAAUCUGAAGUGGGGUGCAGAUGGAAGUUGGAGGAAAGGCGACUGCUGCUGUGAGCAUAAGGAUAUAAAAACAGGGACGGUGUGGCAGUGUGAGAGACCGAAGAAACUUUCCUGUGACAAACUGGUUCGUCACUCAGGCGGACGUUUGGAAAACCCAUUAAAUCUUUUCGAGCAGCAGCUUUUUACACAAAAUUUGACAAAUGUUGCUAUUAAAGGAGACAAAAAAAUCAUAAAUAUCCUUCCCAGCACUGCACCCAUUGGAACAAUGGAGAAAUGCAGGUCUGGCAUGACAACACCGGUUCCUGCAGGGUUUUAUUUGAAAGAUGUCUGGAAGUCUUUUGUAUGCAACACUCGACAGUUCAGUCCUGCACAAAUGGCAAACUGUCUUAAAAACAAGAUUGUCUAUUUGAUGGGAGACUCCACCACAAGGCAGUGGUUCGAGUUCUUAGAAAUAAAAGUGCCAGGCAUAAAAAGAAUGGACCUCCACACUCAUCCUGGAGGUGGCCCACUGAUGGCUGUGGAGCUGAAAAAUAAUAUCAUUGUUCACUGGAGGGUACAUGGUGUUCCUUUGCGAUUUGGUAAAGUUAUGCCUAUCACUGACCUACAUUACAUCAGCAAUGAUAUAGAUGAAAUAGCCGGUGGGGCUCAUGCAGUCGUUGUCUUCACAUACUGUGCUCACCUGGUUUUUCACCCGAUAACAUUUUACGUAUAUGAAGUGGCCAAAAUCCGCCAGUCUGUUGUUGAACUGCUGAGUCGUGCUCCAGAGACCACCGUCAUCAUCAAGUCUGGAAACACUGCUGGUCUAAAGAAUAUUUAUCAAAGUGAUUGGCACAUGUUGCAGUUGAACACAGUGAUGCAGGAGAUGUUCAGAGACAUUGAUGGAGUCAUCUUUGUAGAUGUCUGGCAGAUGACUUCCUGUCACUAUCUACGUGAACACAUUCACCCAGGACCUGUCAUCAUUGGUAAUGAAAUCGACAUGUUACUGUCAUAUGUCUGUCCUGCCUGAGGACUGUUCAAGUUGAUUUGGUUCCAUAAAGGAAAUGGGAAACCUACCUGGCCAGGGAAAGACUUAUCAAGUUGUUACUUAACCAAAUUUUCUCUAACACUGACCAGAUGAAAAGAUCUCUCGGUUAUCAGUUUUGUUUGUACGGUGUACUUCUGAACCUACUGCUGUUCACUGUAGAAAAUAAUAAUAAUAAUAAA